GCCAUGUUGGCCAACGCCACGACGAAGCCUCUCUGCCCGCUUCUGGAGCAGAUGAGCCGUCUCCAAAGCCACAGGAACUCCAGCAUCCGCUACAUGGACCACGUGUCGGUGGUGCUGCACGGGCUGGCGGCGCUGCUGGGCCUGGUGGAGAACGGGCUCAUCCUCUUCGUGGUGGGCUGCCGCAUGCGCCAGACCGUGGUCACCACCUGGGUGCUGCACCUGGCGCUGUCCGACCUGCUGGCCGCCGCCUUCCUGCCCUUCUUCACCUACUUCCUGGCCGUGGGCCACUCGUGGGAGCUGGGCACCCCCUUCUGCAAGCUGCACUCGUCCACCUUCUUCCUCAACAUGUUCGCCAGCGGCUUCCUGCUCAGCGCCAUCAGCCUGGACCGCUGCCUGCAGGUGGCGCGGCCCGUGUGGGCCCAGAACCACCGCACGGUGGCCGCGGCGCACAAGGUCUGCCUGGUGCUCUGGGUGCUGGCGGUGCUCAACACGGUGCCCUACUUCGUGUUCCGGGACACCAUCCAGCGGCAGGACGGGCGCACCAUGUGCUACUACAACGUGCUGCUCCUGAGCCCGGGCCGGGACCGCAACGCCACGUGCCACUCGCGCCAGAUGGCCCUGGCCGUCAGCAAGUUCCUGCUGGCCUUCCUGGUGCCGCUGGCCGUCAUCGCCUCGAGCCACGUGGCCGUGAGCUUGCAGCUGCGCCACCGUGGCCGCCGGCGCUCCAGCCGCUUCGUGCGCCUGGUGGCGGCCAUCGUGGUGGCCUUCGUGCUCUGCUGGGGGCCCUACCACAUCUUCAGCCUGCUGGAGGCGCGGGCGCACGCCAACCCGGCGCUGGGGCCGCUGGCGUGGCGCGGGCUGCCCUUUGUCACCAGCCUGGCCUUCUUCAACAGCGUGGUCAACCCGCUGCUCUACGUGUUCACCUGCCCCGACCUGCUGAGCAGGCUGCGGCGCUCGCUGCGCAGCGUGCUGGAGAGCGUGCUGGUGGACGACAGCGAGCUGGGUGGCCUGGGCAGCGGCCGCAGGCGCCGCGGCUCCUCCACCACGGCCUCGGCCACGGCCCUCUCGCUGGACGGCCGCCGCCUGCCCUCGUUCGGCUCCGCGCGUCUCCUGGGCUGGCUUCGGGGCGGCCGCGACGGGUCCAAGCAGCAGGGGCGGGCCCCAUCCCAGGACGAGACCGGGCCCCUGAACCAGGAGGCGCUGGGCGCCACUUCUGAUUAGGAGGCGCCACCCGCGAAGGCGAGGCUCCCCGGGAAGGCGAGGCUGGACCGUGGCUGGGCGCUAGAGCAUCCUGCAGACACCAGCAUUGAGAAGCAGCUACCGCGCCGCCAGCCCCGAGGGGCGAGUCCGGUCUAGGGAUCUGCGUUUCCAAGUACCCAGGGUGACUGAGUCCUUCUUCAGAAACAACGGGAGCUACGCCGCGUGACUCAGACUUGUAUGAGUGGCCCUGGCGAGCCUGUGGAAGUGCAGCCGGGCUCCGGUGGCGCGGGCGGCGGGGCUGGAUGGGCCUUUCUGACAGCUUCCAGGAUGUCAGGGCCUGUGGUCCGCGGACCACGCUGGAGCAGCCCAGGUUGACUCAUGACUUCUCCACCAGGGUAGCGGAUUUCCUGGAGCUCAGUGACACCUGGCGAUGGGGGGUGGGGUGGACAUUAAACCCCCGAUGUAGUUUUGGGAUAGCCAUGUGGGAAAUGCUUGGGGACACGGUUCCACUCCAGCCUCUUCACACACACAUUUACUCACACCAUACACAUUUUACCCCGUAAUCUCGAGGGGCUCGUUUUAUUAACCCCGAUCUUUACAGAAGAGCAGAGUGAGGUGCCUGCUUACCUAAGGGUCGUACGCUCAUUGAGUUUAAGAAGUGAAAGACAUCCGACAGCCCCAACAGACUUAAGAGAUAGCUGCAUCAGAGCCCCUGCUGUGCCCUCUGACCAGCGUUGCCCAAAGUGCACUUACAAGGUGGAACGAGAGGAGUCUGGGAAAGCUGGGUCCGUGCCACCGGCCUCCUCAGAGGGGCCUGGCCUUGGUGUUUGAAUACGCGCUGCAGCCUCCCAGGCCAGAGCAGGACACCUGUGCGGGCGGGGGGAGCUGCAGGGUGGGCUCAGCACCUCCGCAGCAGCCACUUCCCGGCCACACACGGGCAGAGCGGCUGUCACUUCCACUUUGCAGAUGGAGGGGCUCCUCGUACUUGCUACUGAACCCCGCCUGCCUGGCUCUUCUACCUGCCCUGGACCUGGGGACAAACACUGCUCCAUUUUACCUCUGCCUCCCUGGGGCUGGCACAGAGCGGGUGCCGGCAAAUGCUGGCGGGUGUGUGUGUGUGUGUGUGUGUGUGUGAAAUGUUAGCGGAAGAGGCAGAAUGGGUUUCUUGGGGCGAGUGCUCCUGAGGCCACCCCAGGACUGGCCCUGCGGGCUGGCUGGCGAGCUUUGUACCCUGUCCUCCCAGCGCCAGCAAGGCCUGGCCCCUGGAAGCGCCCGGAACCGAUGUACAUCAGCCGGCUGUGCAGACAUCCCCCCAGCGCCUCGGCCCUGCUCCCACUUGCCACCUGAUACUUAUGUAUUUGAUGUGUUUAUUGUGUUUUGCCAUCAGAAUGAAAGCUCCUUGGGGGCAGGGACUUGUCCGCUGUCCGAAUUGUGCCCGUGCUGAAUAAAUACUUCUGCUGUAGAUGGGAUGGGCGUGAGUCUGGCACAGGAAGAGGCAGCUGGAGAGAAGCCCCAUCCGAGCUGGAUUCCUGACUGCCGCCUCCUGGCCUGGGUUGGAGCCAGGACCUUAAGACAGAUCAUCCACGU